AUGUUGUCAGAGUUAGGUUUCCCUGUGAAGUUUGUGAAUUGGGUGAUGCAAUGCCUCUAUUCUGUCUCUUAUUCUAUUAUGAUAAAUGGUUGCCCCACAAAACCAAUUCCUGCAAAGAAGGGUUUGAGGCAAGGUGAUCCUAUUUCACCUUACUUGUUUUCUUUGGGUAUGGAAUAUCUGUCAAGGUGUCUUCCUGCACUUGCUGAUAAUCCUGAGUUCUCUUAUCACCCUAGAUGCAAAAAGCUGGAUCUCACCCAUAUGAUGUUUGCUGAUGAUUUACUGAUGUUCUCCAGAGCUGAUGAGAGUGCUGUGAAGCCUCUUUUUGAUGCUUUUACCAAGUUUUCCUUGGCUUCUGGAUUGGAGGCUAACUUGCAUAAAAGUGAGGGGUCUUUUCCAUUCAGAUACCUGGGUGUUCCUCUCACAACUAGGAAGCUGUCAUUUACAUACUGCAAGCAUCUCAUUGAUAGAACUGUUGCUAGAAUCAAGAGCUGGACUUCUAAAUUUCUUUCCUAUGCAGGCAGGUUACAACUGGUGAAAUCUGUUCGUUUUGGUAUCCAACUUUACUGGUGCCAGAUAUUUGUUAUGCCUAAAAAAGUGAUGAAAGAAAUUCAGAGAAUUUGUAGAUGUUUCUUGUGGUCAGACACUGAUGCAAAAUCUAGGAAAGCUUCAGUCUCUUGGGAGCAAUUAUGUUUUCCUAAGAGUUGUGGAGGGUGGAAUCUGAAAGAUCUAACUGUGUGGAACAAAGCAGCAGUUUUGAAGCACUGCUGGGCUUUAGCCUUGAAGCAGGAUAGGCUUUGGGUUAGGUGGAUUCAUGCUUAUUACAUUCAGCAUAGAGACUUCUGGACUAUUCCAAUUCCUAAUGGUUUAACUUGGUCUUCAAGGAAAAUUUGGCAUAAUAGAGAAGUCUUUCUGCAGGCUAAUGGAGUUGAUCAGUUUGUGCAGGCUGGAAAAUUUAGAAUUCAGAAAAUGUAUAAAUUUCUUCAUCCAUUUGGAGUUCAGGUGGGAUGGAAGAGAUUGAUUUGUAAUAGUCAUGCUAGUCCAAAGAGUACUUUCAUUGUUUGGCUAGCAGUGCAGAACAAGCUAGCUACAAAAGACAGAUUGAUAAGCUGGCAUCUGAAUAUUGAUGGUACUUGUGGAUUGUGUCAGUUGGAAAGUGAAAGUUUGGAUCAUUUGUUCUUCUCUUGUUCUUAUUCUAAGGAGAUUUGGAGACAGGUUCUGAUUCAUCUAGGAGUGACUAGAGCUGUUUUGCCUUGGCAAGAAGAAGUCCAGAUUGCAGCGAAGAGAAGCAGAAGUAAAAAGAAGAAGGCUUGCAAGUAUAGUAUAGCUUUCAUUGAGUCAGUUUACUGUAUCUAG